CUUGGAAGCCCCAGUUCCGUCUGUGUGUUCGAGUGGACAAAAUGGCGAAGAUCGCCAAGACUCACGAAGAUAUUGAAGCACAGAUUCGAGAAAUUCAAGGCAAGAAGGCAGCUCUUGAUGAAGCUCAAGGAGUGGGCCUUGAUUCUACAGGUUAUCAUGACCAGGAAAUUUAUGGUGGAAGUGACAGCAGAUUUGCUGGAUACGUGACAUCAAUUGCAGCAACUGAACUUGAAGAUGACGACGAUGACUACUCAUCAUCUACAAGUUUGCUUGAUACUCCUGGGCAUGGAAGUGGAUGGGCUGAGACUCCUCGAACAGAUAGAGGUGGUGAUUCGAUUGGUGAAACGCCGACUCCUGGAGCCAGUAAAAGAAAGUCACGUUGGGAUGAAACACCGGCUAGUCAGAUGGGUGGAAGCACUCCUGUUCUAACCCCUGGAAAAACACCAAUUGGCACACCAGCCAUGAACAUGGCUACCCCUACUCCAGGUCACAUAAUGAGUAUGACUCCUGAACAGCUUCAGGCUUGGCGAUGGGAAAGAGAAAUUGAUGAGAGAAAUCGUCCACUUUCUGAUGAAGAAUUGGAUGCUAUGUUCCCAGAAGGGUAUAAGGUCCUUCCUCCUCCAGCUGGUUAUGUUCCUAUUCGAACUCCAGCUCGAAAGCUGACAGCUACACCCACACCUUUGGGUGGUAUGACUGGUUUCCACAUGCAAACUGAAGAUAGAACUAUGAAAAGUGUUAAUGACCAGCCUUCUGGAAAUCUUCCAUUUUUAAAACCUGAUGAUAUCCAGUACUUUGAUAAAUUAUUGGUUGAUGUUGAUGAAUCAACACUUAGUCCAGAAGAACAGAAAGAGAGAAAAAUAAUGAAGUUGCUUUUAAAAAUUAAGAAUGGAACACCACCAAUGAGAAAGGCUGCAUUGCGUCAGAUUACUGAUAAAGCUCGAGAAUUUGGAGCUGGUCCUUUGUUUAAUCAGAUUCUGCCUCUACUAAUGUCUCCUACACUUGAGGAUCAAGAGCGUCAUUUACUUGUGAAAGUUAUUGAUAGAAUACUGUACAAACUUGAUGACUUAGUUCGGCCAUAUGUGCACUUAGUUGAUACCACCGUGGAGUUGGCCAACAAAGUAGGUGCAGCAGAAAUUAUAUCGAGGAUUGUGGAUGAUCUGAAAGAUGAAGCUGAACAAUACAGAAAAAUGGUGAUGGAGACAAUUGAGAAAAUUAUGGGCAACGUGGGAGCAGCAGAUAUUGAUCAUAAACUUGAAGAACAACUGAUUGAUGGUAUUCUUUAUGCUUUCCAAGAACAGACUACAGAGGACUCAGUAAUGUUGAAUGGCUUUGGCACAGUGGUUAAUGCUCUUGGCAAACGAGUCAAACCGUACUUGCCUCAGAUCUGUGGUACAGUUUUGUGGCGUUUAAAUAAUAAAUCAGCAAAAGUUAGACAGCAGGCAGCUGACUUGAUUUCUCGAACUGCUGUUGUCAUGAAGACCUGUCAAGAGGAAAAAUUGAUGGGGCACUUGGGUGUUGUAUUGUAUGAGUAUUUGGGUGAAGAGUACCCCGAAGUGUUGGGCAGCAUUCUUGGAGCACUGAAGGCCAUUGUGAAUGUAAUAGUUCCAAAUGAGUAA